GCAUGCCGAGCGGCCGGAUGUGCCGCCAUCUUUAGGCCCCCUGCUUUCUCCGUUCCAGUAUUGACAAUAACAAGCUGCGGUCCUCGCCCGGCUGCCCUCCUUUCCCUCUCCGGGCCGUGAAAGAGGCGGGGGGCAAGCCAGCGAGAGCGGAAGAAGGGAGCUCGACCCCCUUCUCCCCGAGACCGGGCGAGAGAGAGAAGGGGGCGGCCCUAGGGCGAGAGAGACCGAGAGGACCCUUUCGCCCCUCUGCUCGCUGAGGAAGGGGCAGAGCUGCCGAGCGAGGCCUCCCAGAGUCGGGGGCGGGGUAGGGAAGAGGGACCCGCCCCGUUGGGACCGCCGGGGGUCCCUAACCGAGCGCGAGAGGGAAACUCACCCGAAAGGCGAAGGGGAGCCGGAUAAGCGCUUCCCUCCCCCUCGCGAGAGGGAAGACGGGGAGGAAGGUGGAACCGGCGGGGAAGGAGGCAUCGUCUGUCUCUUUGGACCCCGACCACGAGGCAGCGACCUUCCGUGACCAGCUCUGCGCCCGCCCCUCUCUGCGUGUCUGUCACACCAGGAGGAUUUGAUGCCCUUCAGCCUGCUCACCUCUGUGGUGUUCAUGUUUCCCACAGGUUUCUCUUCCCCCAACCCCCCAGCAGCAGCAGCAGCAGCUCAGGAGGUCAGACCUGCCACGGAUGGUAGCAGCAGCAGCUCCUCCUCUUCCUCCUCCACCAAGAAGAGAAAGCUAAAUAGUAAUAGCAACAGUAGUGAGAGAGAAGAAGUUGACUCCAUCUCCUCCUGUUCGUCCCUUCUUUCUAGAAACAGCAGUUCGUCCUUGCCUGCUCUCAUUAUCACCGCCUCCACUGCCUCCUGUUCCUCCUCAGGGGUUGCUUCUUCCAACCAUCACCUGCAGAAGAAGCUGCGUUUUGAGGACUCCUUGGAUUUUAUUGGACUUGAUGUGAAGAUGGCUGAAGAGUCUUCCUCUUCAUCCUCGUCAUCACCGGCUGCAUCUUCUCAGCAGCAGCAGCACCAGCAGCUCAAAAACAAAAGCCUCUUAAUCUCCUCAGUAGCUGUGGGACACCACGCAAAUGGCCUGACCAAAGCUGCCUCCUCCACUGUCUCCAGUUUUGCAAACAGUAAACCUGGGUCAGCCAAGAAGUUAGUGAUCAAGAACUUUAAAGAUAAACCCAAACUGCCUGAAAAUUAUACAGAUGAAACCUGGCAAAAACUGAAAGAAGCUGUGGAAGCUAUUCAGAACAGUACUUCAAUUAAAUACAACUUAGAAGAGCUUUACCAGGCUGUCGAAAAUCUUUGCUCCUACAAAAUUUCUGCAAAUUUGUACAAGCAAUUAAGGCAGAUUUGUGAAGACCAUAUCAAAGCACAGAUUCAUCAGUUCAGAGAGGAUUCGUUGGACAGUGUUCUUUUCCUCAAGAAAAUAGACAAAUGUUGGCAAGACCAUUGCAGACAAAUGAUAAUGAUUAGAAGUAUCUUUUUGUUCCUGGAUCGAACCUAUGUUCUUCAAAAUUCAAUGCUGCCAUCAAUUUGGGAUAUGGGGCUCGAAUUGUUUAGGACUCAUAUAAUUAGCGAUCAGAAAGUCCAGAACAAAACCAUUGAUGGAAUUCUUCUCUUGAUCGAGAGAGAAAGAAAUGGAGAGGCUAUUGACAGGAGUCUGCUCCGCAGCCUUCUAAGCAUGCUUUCAGAUUUACAAAUUUAUCAAGAUUCUUUUGAGCAUAGAUUCUUGGAAGAAACAAAUCGUCUAUAUGCUGCAGAAGGACAGAGGCUUAUGCAAGAAAGAGAGGUUCCAGAAUAUCUCCAUCAUGUCAAUAAACGCUUGGAGGAAGAGGCAGACAGGAUUAUAACUUACCUGGAUCAAAGCACUCAGAAACCACUAAUUGCCACUGUAGAAAAACAGUUGCUAGGUGAACAUUUAACAGCCAUUCUACAGAAAGGUUUAAACCAUCUGCUGGAUGAAAAUCGAAUUCAGGAUUUGUCACUACUCUAUCAGUUGUUCAGUAGGGUCAAAAAUGGCGUGCAGGCUCUCUUGCAGCAGUGGAUUGAAUACAUAAAGGCAUUUGGUAGCACCAUUGUCAUUAAUCCAGAAAAAGACAAAACCAUGGUCCAAGAGCUGCUAGAUUUUAAGGAUAAAGUAGAUCACAUCAUCGACAUCUGUUUUUUGAAAAAUGAGAAGUUUGUCAAUGCCAUGAAAGAAGCUUUUGAAACGUUCAUCAACAAAAGACCCAAUAAACCAGCUGAACUCAUAGCUAAAUAUGUGGACUCAAAACUUCGUGCAGGCAACAAAGAAGCUACUGAUGAGGAGCUUGAAAAAAUGCUGGAUAAAAUAAUGAUCAUAUUUAGAUUCAUCUAUGGAAAAGAUGUCUUUGAGGCCUUUUACAAAAAAGAUCUAGCAAAGCGACUAUUAGUAGGCAAAAGUGCAUCUGUAGAUGCUGAAAAAUCCAUGCUGUCAAAACUCAAACAUGAAUGUGGUGCUGCUUUCACCAGCAAACUUGAAGGAAUGUUUAAAGACAUGGAGCUCUCUAAAGAUAUUAUGAUACAAUUUAAGCAAUAUAUGCAAAAUCAGAAUGUACCUGGUAACAUUGAACUCACCGUGAAUAUCUUGACUAUGGGUUACUGGCCUACGUAUGUGCCUAUGGAGGUCCACCUGCCAUCAGAGAUGGUGAAGCUGCAGGAGAUAUUUAAGACUUUUUAUCUGGGAAAACACAGUGGCAGGAAACUUCAGUGGCAAUCCACAUUAGGACACUGUGUAUUGAAAGCUGAAUUCAAAGAGGGCAAGAAAGAGCUGCAGGUAUCUCUGUUCCAGACUUUAGUGCUACUUAUGUUUAACGAAGGUGAAGAAUUCAGUUUAGAAGAAAUAAAACAAGCUACUGGAAUAGAGGAUGGAGAGCUAAGACGGACCCUCCAGUCAUUAGCCUGCGGCAAGGCCCGAGUGCUGGCCAAAAGCCCCAAAGGCAAAGACGUGGAAGAUGGAGACAAAUUCACUUGCAAUGAUGACUUCAGGCAUAAACUCUUCCGGAUAAAAAUCAAUCAGAUCCAGAUGAAAGAAACGGUAGAAGAACAAGCAAGCACUACAGAGAGGGUCUUUCAGGAUCGCCAGUACCAAAUUGAUGCGGCAAUAGUGAGAAUCAUGAAGAUGCGCAAGACACUUACCCACAAUCUGCUUGUCUCUGAAGUAUACAACCAGCUGAAAUUCCCAGUAAAGCCUGCUGACCUUAAGAAGAGAAUAGAAUCGUUAAUUGACAGAGACUACAUGGAAAGAGACAAGGAGAACCCCAAUCAGUACAACUACAUUGCAUAAACACACAAUGAGCCUUUUUUCCUUUUCUGCACACUGAUGUUCUUGGUUACUGAUGGAUAAACGAGCCUGUUGAUCCCAUUAAAUUAACCUUUUUCUACUACCAAUGACUGAAUGAAAGCAACAUAAUGGGAUUGUGGGCGGGGGGAGAAAUAUAGUCGAGUGGUCUUUUUCAGUGGCUUUUACAUGCCCAUUUAAAGAGUAGUAUUUACAUUUUUACGAAGAAUGCUGUUGAACUCUUUGCAUGAUAUCUGGUAUGAACUGCAGAAAAUUGUAAGGAAGUAUCUGGUCUCUGUAAUUCCAUCCUUUCCUUCAGGCGAAAGGGACAGUCUCUCUUUAGUAGAUAGCCCUCAUCCCAUUUUGAAAGAAAAAGGAAAAAUAAAACGUGUAGCCUUUUUAUUAAAAAACAAAAGCCCAAGUUACAGCGUUUUAAAAAAUGCUUAAACUGCAUGCAAAUUUCUAACUACUAUCUAAAAUUAUUGGGUUUGUUUAUUGGGCCACAAAGCCUUGUGUGGAUUGGCGGUCUUCAAAAUCACAAAAGCCAGUCUCAUGUUCCUAAACAUAAUAAAUUGUUCUGUAGGUGUUAGAAAGAAAAGUACCUUCUCUAAGUUUGAGAAAACGUACCUAAAGUGCUUGGAUUUGUGCUGCAAAUAUUACUGUGAAAAGCUUAAGGGAAUUAGGCUGCUGAUGCUGCUUACUUCCUACAUCCUCAAAUGUAAGUACUUUUAAAAAUAAAACAAUUCAUUAAUUUUGGGGGGAGGGGGGAAUUUUAAGAAGCUCAUUUUUCAGGGAAGGAAACUCUUAAGCGACUGAAUGUAAGGCCGUAAUGGGAUUGCUGCUCUGGAUGGUUUUUCCUUCCCUCUCCACACAAAAUGAGAGGUUUUAUACUUCUCCCGAAUCGUAAAUGCUUUGUUAUUAGACCAAGAAUUGAACAGGUAUUUAUAAAAAGGCACUCUUGUUGGAUCAUAGCAUUACUUGAUGGCAGAGAAGAACCUGCACCCCUGUGCCCCCAUCAACUCCCACCCAUAUAGCCAGAGCCAGGAGGAGAGUCGUAGCCUAAUCAGUGUUU